GCGGGAUGGAUGUUAGCUUAAAUAGUAUUUGUUUUUAAGGAAAGUUUUAUAAGUGAAAAGGGAAAAAAUAACAGUUAAUAAAGUAGAAAGAAUGAACUAUAUUAAGGGAAGGAAAAUGCUCGUAAACCAUUAAAAAAAUGAUUUCACGCUCAACACAAGGCCUAAGGAGGGAAUUGUGCUAAACGAAUCUUUUUUCUCACAUCAAUUUCAUUUCCUGUUUCAGUCAGUAUAUAUAUAUAUUUUCCUCUUAUUGACUCUGUUUGUGAUACGAAAAACGAAAAGCUAAAGUAAGUGUGAUUAUCCCUUUCUUGGUGCUUGUCGAGCCCCCUUUUCGCUCUCUUUUUGCAUUCCAUUGUAAUAAGGCGUAGUAUGCCGACGUGCAAAUUAAUUCAGAUCUUUGUGUACUUCGCUUUUCCUUCCUUUUCCUUUGGAUGGGAAUGAGACACAAUUGAAGUUGUUUGUAUCUCUCUUUCCGUUAGUCUUUAACAUGUCGAAUUGCUAGCUGACUUCCUUCUCGUACCCCCCAACAUAUAUAAAGGGAAACGGAUUUUGCAUUGGAAUCUAUAAAGAUGAGGUGCAACUAAACAGGCUUUGUUGCGAAAAGCCGUGGAAAAAAACGCUGCGGAACCCUAAACUGAAAGAUAAGGACUAUUUCAAGGAAUUGUAGAGCGGGGGCAAAGGAAGAAACAUUAUCACUCGAUGUUUUUUUUAAAUCCUCAUCUACAUUUUUAGGAAUGUCGAAUAAAUGUAAGUUGUUCUAAAUUUGGAUAUAUUAAGGGUAAAGAUUAUUUAAUUCGGGAAAAAAAUGAUGAAUCUUUUAAAUUUUCUUAAUACAUAUUGUUAUGCGAUUAUAUCUGUAGCAGUUUAAUAAGUUGAUAGCAAGUUUGUUACAGUUCAGAAAUCACUUUGCUCACACUGUUUUUCUCUCUAUUUUCAACGUAUAUUUUGCUUUACAAAUUCACAAUUAGUUUGACUAGUUAAUUUCUUUUUGGCUUACAUAUUGUAGGGUGACACGAAGGGACAUUUCUUUGCGGAUUAAACAAACCAAAAAAGGGAGAUUGCUCUUGUGCUUUAUCAAGAUCAAUUAAAAGUUAUACUUAUUAAAGAAUUUGUCAAUACCUAUCGUAAGGGGAUACUAGAGCGUGCUGAUACACAUCCAUAUUAAAACAGGCGAACAACAAUGUUUCGAAACAAGUACGACACCGACAUCACCACAUGGAGCCCCAAUGGUCGUCUCUUCCAACUCGAAUAUGCGAACGAGGCGGUGAACAAUGGCUCAGCAGCUGUGGGGGUUAAGGGUGCUGACUACGCCGUGCUCGUGGCGCUGAAGCGCAGCCCUGCUGCCGAGUUAUCUUCUUAUCAAGAAAAAGUCUUUGAGUUGGAUGAGCACGUCGGCAUGGCAAUUUCUGGCCUAGUGUCUGAUGGCCGUAUUUUGGCUCGUUUUAUUCGAGUAGAGUGCAUGAACUACCGUUAUAUGUAUGGUAGCAGCUUACCCAUCAACCAACUUGCAGACAUGCUCGCCGAUAAGCACCAGAGGCACAUCCAAUUUGCAGGAAAGCGGCCUUUUGGCGUAGGUCUCCUUAUCGCCGGUAGCGAUCGUCAAGGUCCGCAUCUUUAUCAGACAUUACCCACUGGGGAUGUCUUUGAUUUCAAAGCGACAGCGAUGGGUGUGCGUUCGCAGGCGGCGCGCACAUACCUGGAACGACACUACUUGACAUUCACGAGCUGCACAUUGGAUAGCCUUGUGAUACAUGCACUCAAUGCACUUGCAUGUGCCACGUCCGAAGGGGUGGAGUUGAACAUCAAGAACACCACUAUCGCUAUGGUGGGAAGGGACAUGCCUUUCACAAUUCUUGACGAGGAAGCUUCGAGGAAGUAUUUGGAUGGGUUUAAAAUGAGUCCGGAGAGUCGUGUGGUGCAGGCUGAGAAUGAAGAGGAAGACGUAAUUCAUGAACAACCGCUGGAUCUGGAUGAAUAAGUAAUCAAUGAGGAUAAUACUCUGAUAUAGGAAGGACGAGUACACGUAUCCUUAGUAUUUUUUUUCUCAUCAUAACACGAUGGGUGCACGUCUGGAAAGGGAAAUGCAAGUGAUUUGGCUUUUUUUUUGGCAGUCGUGUUUAGAUGGCUUAUCGGAUGAUAAAAAUAUAUAACCACAACUGCUGAAGCACUGCGAUUGGU